AAACAAAACCACUCGUGUGUGGCAGUUUGUGAGAUCGCACAGAAGCAAAGAGGAACAUUGCAAUCAAGCUGCUCAACAUUUGAUGAGAAAUUAGCUGAAGGAAAGGAAGCGUUAAACAACAUUUCUGAAGUGAUGGAGUCUCUUGAAAAGAAUGCUAAAACGGCUAAAGAUCAAAUCAAAGAACAAAAGAAAAAUAUCUUGAAGAUUGUGGCAGAAAAACUUGAUGAGAGAGCAGAGAAAAUGAAUGAGGAAGUGGACAAGGUUUAUGGUGAAUUACACAGUGAACUGAGCAAACAACAUCAUGAAAUGAAAGAUUAUCUUGAUAAAGUCCAAGCUUCAGUUUCUUUGCCAAAAAAUCUCCUGAACAGAGGAAGCAUUGAAGAAAUGCUAUCAUCACAAAAAUUGAUUGAUGAGAAAUUGAGAA